AUGGUUACCACCACGAGGAGCCAGAUCGCGGCUCGGCUGCGGAAGAGCGAGGAGCAAACGCAGCGCAUCCGGGACGAUGGGGAGCACGCCCUCCAGAAACUCCUGAAGCUCCGGGCCCAGGUCACCCAGGCCGGGGCCACGGCUCGCAGCCACCUGGUCACGCUCACCUGCCAGAGCAGUGCCACCCUCAAGGCGCUGCAGCAGGUGGUGGAGAAGGCUCAGCGCAUCCUACGGCUGGCUGAGAUGUGCCGCAGGCUGGAGACGGAGGAGGAGAAGGUUCUGCCCUUCUACCCCUCCUCGCUGGCCGAGUGGGAGCAGGAAAAAGCCCGUGAUGUCCUGGAGGAGACGGCCAGCGAGCCCCUGGCACGGGCCAUGAAGGACUACGUGGGGCUGGAGAGGUUCUGGCAGAGGUUCAACAAGGUGAAGCUGGAGGAGAUGGGGCUGGAGAAGGCACGGGCAGCCCUGGCAGGCAGGAACCAGGAGCUGAGGAAGCUC